ACAGUCUGCAGAGGGACCCGGGCACGCCGGCUGGGCUCAGCCGCGGCACCAGCUGCCGCACCGCGAUUACGGGGCUGCCCGCCUGGAAGCCGCGCAGGAUUGGUGGUGAUUUUCGUAGCCAAGAGCCACCACCCCUGACCAUGUAGAUGCCAGCUCCAGGUAGCAACAUGGACCCCACUGAAUGGAGACUCCUGGGUCUACAGCCCUGAGCCCCUCUGGCCCCUGGACCUUGCCCCCCACCUGGGGACACACCUUGGAGCUCACCACUGCUGUCGCCAGCCCUCCUCAGCCACCCCCUCCCCCUGGGACCCGGAGUCGGCCACCUGGAGCUGCAGCUGUCCAGUGAGGGUGUGCUGAGGACAGCCACACACAGCCAUCACCCAGAAGCCUCUUGUCCAGUGCUGACCUUUGGGCCCACCCUGAGCAGGGACUUCAGCAAACAUGGGUGAUAUGACCAACAGCGACUUUUACUCCAAAAACCAAAGAAAUGAGUCGAGCCAUGGGGGUGAGUUUGGGUGCACGAUGGAGGAGCUCCGCUCCCUCAUGGAGCUGCGGGGCACAGAGGCUGUGGUCAAGAUCAAGGAGACCUACGGGGACACUGAAGCCAUCUGCCGGCGCCUCAAAACCUCACCUGUGGAAGGUUUACCAGGCACCGCCCCAGACCUGGAAAAGAGGAAGCAGAUUUUUGGGCAAAACUUUAUACCUCCAAAGAAGCCAAAAACCUUCCUGCAGCUCGUGUGGGAAGCCCUGCAGGAUGUGACGCUCAUCAUCCUGGAAAUUGCGGCCAUCAUCUCCCUGGGACUGUCCUUCUACCACCCGCCUGGCGAGAGCAACGAAGGAUGUGCCACGGCCCAGGGCGGGGCCGAGGAUGAAGGAGAGGCAGAAGCAGGUUGGAUCGAGGGGGCCGCCAUCCUGCUCUCCGUCAUCUGCGUGGUCCUGGUCACAGCCUUCAAUGACUGGAGCAAAGAGAAACAGUUCCGGGGCCUGCAGAGUCGCAUUGAGCAGGAGCAGAAGUUCACGGUGGUCCGGGCUGGCCAGGUGGUCCAGAUCCCUGUGGCCGAGAUCGUGGUUGGGGACAUCGCCCAGAUCAAAUACGGUGACCUCCUCCCUGCAGACGGCCUCUUCAUCCAGGGCAAUGACCUCAAGAUCGACGAAAGCUCCCUGACAGGGGAGUCUGACCAGGUGCGCAAGUCCGUGGACAAAGACCCCAUGCUGCUGUCAGGUACCCAUGUGAUGGAGGGCUCAGGACGAAUGGUGGUGACUGCUGUAGGUGUGAACUCUCAGACUGGCAUCAUCUUUACCCUGCUGGGGGCUGGUGGUGAAGAGGAAGAGAAGAAAGACAAAAAAGCCAAACAGCAGGACGGGGCAGCCGCCAUGGAGAUGCAGCCCCUCAAGAGUGCCGAGGGCGGCGACGCAGACGACAAGAAGAAGGCCAACAUGCACAAGAAGGAGAAGUCUGUGCUGCAGGGCAAGCUCACCAAACUGGCAGUGCAGAUUGGCAAAGCGGGCCUGGUGAUGUCAGCCAUCACCGUGAUCAUCCUGGUGCUCUACUUCACCGUGGACACCUUCGUGGUCAACAAGAAGCCGUGGCUGCCCGAGUGCACGCCCGUCUAUGUGCAGUACUUUGUCAAGUUCUUCAUCAUUGGUGUGACGGUGCUGGUGGUCGCUGUGCCCGAGGGACUCCCUCUGGCCGUCACCAUCUCGCUGGCCUACUCCGUGAAGAAAAUGAUGAAGGACAACAACCUAGUGCGCCACCUGGACGCCUGUGAGACCAUGGGCAAUGCCACAGCCAUCUGCUCGGACAAGACAGGCACUCUGACCACCAAUCGCAUGACGGUGGUGCAGGCCUAUGUCGGUGACGUCCACUACAAGGAGAUCCCGGAUCCCAGCUCCAUCAACGCCAAGACCAUGGAGCUGCUGGUCAACGCCAUCGCCAUCAACAGCGCCUACACCACCAAGAUUCUGCCCCCAGAGAAGGAGGGUGCCCUGCCUCGGCAGGUGGGCAACAAGACAGAAUGCGGCCUGCUGGGCUUUGUGCUGGAUCUGAAGCAGGACUAUGAGCCUGUGCGCAGCCAGAUGCCAGAGGAGAAGCUGUAUAAGGUGUACACCUUCAAUUCUGUGCGCAAGUCCAUGAGCACCGUCAUCAAGAUGCCUGACGAGAGCUUCCGCAUGUACAGCAAGGGUGCUUCUGAGAUCGUGCUCAAAAAGUGCUGCAAAAUCCUCAGUGGGGCAGGUGAGUCCCGGGUCUUCCGGCCCCGAGACAGGGACGAGAUGGUGAAGAAGGUGAUCGAGCCCAUGGCCUGCGACGGGCUCCGCACCAUCUGUGUGGCCUACCGUGACUUCCCCAGCAGCCCCGAGCCCGACUGGGACAACGAGAAUGACAUCCUCAAUGACCUCACCUGCAUCUGUGUGGUGGGCAUCGAGGACCCCGUUCGGCCUGAGGUCCCAGAAGCCAUCCGCAAGUGCCAGCGAGCAGGUAUCACUGUCCGGAUGGUCACUGGUGACAAUAUCAAUACGGCCCGGGCCAUCGCCAUCAAGUGUGGUAUCAUCCAUCCUGGGGAAGACUUCCUGUGUCUGGAGGGCAAAGAGUUCAACCGGAGGAUCCGCAAUGAGAAGGGAGAGAUUGAGCAGGAGCGAAUUGACAAGAUCUGGCCAAAACUGCGGGUGCUGGCUCGCUCCUCCCCGACAGACAAGCACACCCUAGUCAAAGGCAUCAUCGACAGCACACACACUGAGCAGCGGCAGGUGGUGGCCGUGACCGGGGAUGGGACCAACGAUGGGCCUGCACUCAAGAAGGCUGACGUGGGCUUCGCCAUGGGCAUCGCAGGCACGGAUGUAGCCAAGGAGGCCUCAGACAUCAUCCUGACCGAUGACAACUUCAGCAGCAUCGUCAAGGCGGUGAUGUGGGGUCGCAACGUCUAUGACAGCAUCUCCAAGUUCUUGCAGUUCCAGCUGACUGUCAACGUGGUGGCUGUAAUCGUGGCCUUCACAGGCGCAUGCAUCACGCAGGACUCCCCUCUGAAGGCUGUGCAGAUGCUCUGGGUGAACCUCAUCAUGGACACGUUCGCCUCCCUGGCUCUGGCCACAGAGCCGCCCACUGAGACUCUGCUUUUGAGGAAGCCAUACGGACGCAACAAGCCCCUCAUCUCCCGGACCAUGAUGAAGAACAUCCUGGGCCACGCAGUCUACCAGCUCACCCUCAUCUUCACCCUGCUCUUCGUUGGCGAGAAGAUGUUCCAGAUCGACAGUGGGAGGAACGCCCCUCUGCACUCACCACCCUCAGAGCACUACACCAUCAUCUUCAACACCUUCGUCAUGAUGCAGCUCUUCAAUGAGAUCAACGCCCGUAAGAUCCAUGGCGAGCGCAACGUCUUCGAUGGCAUCUUCCGGAACCCCAUCUUCUGCACCAUCGUGCUGGGCACCUUCGCCAUCCAGAUAGUGAUCGUGCAGUUUGGAGGGAAGCCCUUCAGCUGCUCGCCGCUGCAGCUGGACCAGUGGAUGUGGUGCAUAUUCAUCGGGUUGGGAGAGCUCGUCUGGGGCCAGGUCAUCGCCACCAUCCCCACGAGCAGGCUCAAGUUCCUGAAGGAGGCAGGCAGGCUCACGCAGAAGGAGGAGAUCCCUGAGGAGGAGCUCAACGAGGACGUGGAGGAGAUCGACCACGCCGAGAGGGAGCUGCGCCGCGGCCAGAUCCUGUGGUUCCGGGGCCUGAAUCGGAUUCAGACACAGAUUGAAGUAGUCAAUACAUUCAAGAGCGGGGCCUCCUUUCAGGGGGCCCUGCGGAGACAGUCCUCCGUCACCAGCCAGAGCCAGGACGUAGCCAAUCUCUCUAGCCCUAGUCGCGUGUCGUUGUCCAAUGCUCUUUCCUCUCCGACCAGCCUUCCUCCUGCUGCAGCUGGGCAGGGCUAGAGAACCCUGGACACAGAGUUCAGCAAGAGAGAGUGAAAUUAAAACAGAUCCGCGUCGUGAAGGCGUUCCGUAGCUCUCUCUAUGAAGGGUUAGAAAAGCCCGAGUCUCGAACCUCCAUCCAUAACUUCAUGGCUCAUCCUGAAUUCCGGAUCGAAGAUUCACAGCCCCACAUCCCCCUCAUCGACGACACCGACCUGGAAGAAGAUGCCGCGCUCAAGCAGAACUCCAGCCCGCCGUCGUCGCUCAACAAGAACAACAGCGCCAUCGACAGCGGGAUCAACCUGACGACCGACACGAGCAAAUCAGCUACCUCUUCAAGUCCAGGGAGCCCCAUUCACAGCCUGGAGACGUCGCUUUAGCUGAGGACCCUGUUGCCCACCCGCCGGCCCGCCCUAAGGGACCCGCUGCCACCGCUCCCGGGCACCCACCCUCCAGGCACCCGACUCACCCACGCAGCAAGGAGCAACCCCAGGAAACCAAAUACUGGAGAGAAAACCGACGUUUCCACCCACAGACCUUUCUCUGGCUGCGAUGCUGUUUGAACAAUUUUUCACUUCGAGGCAAGGGCCGGGUUCCCGGGGGCCUCUGGGAGGAGUGAGCAGUUAUCCCAAAGGGAGCCUUUGUUGGCUCCCACUCAAGACAUGGACCAGCCAUGCACCCACCCGGCCACCACGUCCCCCGCAUGAAUGUACUGGACACUUUCCAUCCUCCCCUUGUUUGGUUUUGGGGGGGUUGGAGAGGGGGAGGGGUUUUUUGUUCGUUUGUUUUCUUAGGCGGGAACUGCAAACAGGACUCUUUUCUGAGACUAUUUAUCCGAUCCACUGGUCUGUGAGUUUUUGAAAUGCUUGCGCAGCAUGGUCUCAGUUGUAUAGAUUAAUUUAAUAACUUUUUGAAAUCGCAGAGCUUAACUCGCCUAGUAGAUUUGCACCAAUGGAACCGAAGAACUUCAUAGACACUCACGAGGUUAUAUCCAUUUCUUUGUAUCUAUAUCAACGUAUACUUUCCAAGACUGUAUACGUCCAUAUAGAUAGGUAGAUAUAUAUAUAUAUAUAUAAAUAUAUAUACAUGGAUAUAUAAAGUUUCUUUGCCGGCAUGUUGCCUUGUUUCUGCUUAAAUUGCUCUAUUUUAACUUAUUUAUGUCCUAAAAGAAGAAUGUAAUUUGUUUACAAACCUGUAGAUAAUGUCUUUGGCUAUUUGUACGGUUCAAGAACACUGGUGGCUCAGAUGCUAUAAAAAUAGCUCGGCCCAACAGACACUUCCCCUGGAUUGCAUCCUCGAUGUUUUACAAUAGCCAUGCUCUGAUUUUUGCCUGCUAUUUCCGUUCAAUGAUGUCACUACCAUGGGAGGCUCAGGCAGAAGCCAAAUGCUACUGAGGAUCCAUCCGGAGGUGUUCAGCCAUAGGCUCCGUAGACGAAGGGAGAAGAGGAGAGAAGGUUUCCUGGGUUUGUGGCACCAGCGGCUGUCACGGCCCAAGGAUGUCAAAAGCACUGGCUCAAGACUUUUCUCUCAAUGAAACUCGCUUGAGUUUACCAAGAGCAUUUCCAAAAUAGGUUGUCUUUGGCGCUGUCUGCACAGAGGUUGAGGUAGUGUUGAAAUAUUAUAAAUGCUAUUGUGUUGAUUUUUUUUUUUAGUUGGUAAUUUAGAAGUUUAUUUCCUUAUAAAUGGCAGCGUAUAAGCUGUUGGCACACUGGAUGAAGAUCGGUAUGGCUUGCUGCUUUUAUUUUUAUUUUUGAAGAAGAAUAGCCUUUUUCUCUGCACUAUUUAGAUCCGAAUGAACCUUAUGAUGUGUAUAUUGAGAUGUAUUCAGUGUGAUUUUUAAACCAAAUUGUCUUCCUUUAGCCACAAUAUAUACUGUAACCUGUAACAGCAAGUCUUGCUUCCCCAGACAGAAAGCCAUUCUGAAACCCUCCCAUAUCACAGGUCAGAAAAGGUGGCUAUUUUCCCCCCAAGACAAUAACGGCACUAGUAAUCCCACUUAAUAAGAGCUUAUUUAAUUGUCUGUCGGCCUCUUAACUGCUAAGCACUUUGUGGGUCUCAGCUUUUUUCAUAAAAGAACUUUUGUAUUUAAUACAAAGUUUGCUUUGAGACUUUUCAGCAUACAAUCUUUUUCCAUAAACUUGUACAGUGCAAAAGACAUUUUGAAUACCAUGAUCGAUGAUGUCCCAUGCUUCAAGGAAAACCAAACACUUCCCGCCUCGCUUGCAAAGUCCAUUCCUCACACUGACCCUUCCCCACAGUCAUUUCGUGUCCGCCUGGCCCCUGCCCCUUCUCCAGGCCCAGAGAACUCUUCCACUACCAAGAUGAGAGCCACCGGGAAAAGAGCCAUAGUCAGCUGGGAGGGCCCGUGUCUGCACAGCUGUGGAAAAACCUGACAGCUUUGGGGUUCAAAGUCAGCCCAUCCCACCUGGCAAAAUCUUUCUCUAAGGAUGACCUUCCGUGCAAAAGAGCAUCGCCUGAGUGUCACUAAGAAGUCUCUCUGAAUGUAUCCAGCAGAGGAAACACCACCCUCGGAUGCGCUUAUUGGAUUCUAGUAUAAACACCACCAAAGCCAGCCCACUCGCUCCUCCGAGGAAGGAGAGACCAGCACGCAGGAAACAUGGGGCAGCCCUGGAACAUGGUAGUUUCUUUCGAAGUUUUCCUUUCUCACGUUUUUUCCCAUCUUCCCCUUCUUUGUUCAAUCACGUAUCUGUGACCUCAUUCCAUGAUAUCAGGAUGGUCGUACUUGCUCACCAGACUCCCCUGUGCUCCUGGAGCCGGGAUGCAAGGCAAAUGGGAGGGGUGCUCUGAGCAGAUCCCAGCUGGGGUGACAGGGAUCCAUGGAAGCCACCAGGAAGGCCCGACAUGGGCGUCUGGUCUUCUCUCGUCGGGAAUGAUGGACAAUCGCACACACAGACCCCUCACUCUCAAACUUGCACACAUCCACACACGCACGCACACAGGAAAUGGUUGGUUUGUCACAACUCACUGUAGUAUACAAAGCUUGCACUCUGCGUCCUAUAUCUAGCAGCAUGGGGUACGUUUGGCAGAUCACCCCAUUAGGGGGUAAAUAAUUUAUGACCAUUCAUCUGUUUUUAUGAAUUUUUUUAUCUAGACAAUAAUUGUAAAUAAAGAACUCACCGUCUCUGUUCAUUUAAUACUAUGCAAUGGGUAUGCUUUCAAUUGCCGACUCUUCUGACUCCCACAGUGUGGUUCUGAGAUGUGGUUUCAGGAAAAAAAGAAAAAGAAACACCAUCAAGCAGAACAUAGUCAAUAUAUACUGUGUAAAUUAUGCUGUUCUCAUUUGGACUACACACUCUGCUUCUGUCCUGUCCUCUAGACCCAGGCUCUAGGAGAAGGUAGGAGGGAGAGCUCUGAGGUCUAAGCUCCCCACCUCAUAAGAGAUGAGGGAAAAGCAGAGACGUGUUCAGUGACUCCUGAUGCUACAGGUUGACCUACCUUUGGAGGAAGGAAGGGAGGGCUCUUCCUGCAAUAUGGGGCUUUCUCUAACUCAGGAGCAGACCCCAGUGCUCCACAAACCUCACCAGGGCCCUGUGUCUCAACCCCAGCAUAGAACUGGCAAGAGCGGGGGCACCCUGCUUCUGAGAGCACAUUGCUCUUGAGCCAGGACUCUGAACCUUGACACUCAAGAGCCCCUCUGCCCAACUGUGUUAAAAUGACGCGUCUAUCCCUCCUGACGUCCUAUGUAGUCUUGGGCCUUUCUACAAUUUAUCUUCUAUUCCCUCAUCUGGAUGUCUCCUCUGGCCCCAGCCACACUGUUUUGCUUACUGUCACUUUGGAAUGUUUUAUUCUGUGGCAGGGUGAGUUUCCUUCACCCUACUUGAACAAAAUCUCCUAGUUAUUCUCUCAUAUCUGUUCUUCUGAGGUAAUGUUAAAAAUCUGCCAAGACCUCCAUCCUCUGCCCUCCUCCCAGCCCAGAUUCUGGGUCCUGUCACCCUAUGUGCCACCCCUCUCCCCAUAUUGUAAUUACUGCUCCCCAGGGUCACUAAAUACAGUGUGUCCUGUCAGAAGGGACAAAAGGGGAAUCCUGAAUCUCGAAGGAAGCCUGAUGUCCCUCCUGUCAUUUCACCUGUUGCCCAGGCCUAGGAGUUGUGAGACAGAGUCCACUGAGCCCCCACCCAGCCUUAGCUUAGGAACCAAAGUCACCUCAUGAUUAUGCAGAGGUGGACCCUCCAUCUUCCGCCAAUCAUCAGAAGAUAAAAAGGGGUUCUCCUAGACCCAGAGCUAUGAGGGUGAGCUCGGAGAGAAUGUGGGGCCCAUGCUGUACUGUUCAUGGGAGAAACGUUAGUUCCUGUCUCCACUUCCUGAACUUGUUUUUGGUUAUUUUAUUUCAGGUGUUUUUUUUUUUUCCAGAGAGUGGGGGUCCCCUCUUAUUUAAUCCAGAGCUUCAGCGCCUGUGAGAUACAGAAGUUUCUUGCCCGGAUGUUCUCUGUGCCCUUCCUCCCCUCACCCCAUACCUGCUCUGUCUACCGGAGGCUGCCAACCUGGUGCAUCUGACGAGCCUCCCCCUCAAAUCUUUCCUGCAGCAACAUCUGAACCCCACUUGAGAGGAUCUGGCAGGGAAGGGCUGCUUCCUGAGGGCUUUAGGGUCUUCCAGAGCCAAGGCCAUAAUGGGACAACAGGAAACCCCAGGUCUUUUCCAGAUUCCAAAUCAAGCUCUCCUGAUGUAAAUGUAGAGAUCCCACCACCCAAAAGGCAGGAGACGGAGCAGGGAGAAAGAUCCCAGGCCCUGGGCAGCUGCCAUCACCACCCCUUCCAAAAACAAGAGAUUCGAGGCUUGUCGGGGCCACCCCUCAGCCCCUCAGUCUGUUUUGUAAUGUCUGUGGUGCUCUCCCUCCCGAGCUGUUCCUCUCGGGGGUCGCCACACUUGCUAACUCUUGUGUGCACAUCUUUUAUAACAGAGUAGUGAGGGACUGGUGCCGCCUCCAGCUUCCAUAAGCUGCCCGGGCUGUGGGGGGGGGGGGGGCUCUGGGACAAUCGGGGCUGGGAAGAGACUGUGCUCUUACUGUACACUCUUUAUUUCUCUGUAUCUCUGGCUUGUGCUCUUUGUAACUAAUGGGAUUUGUCUGCCUUUUCAACACUAUACUGAGCAAUAACAAUAAAUGCACACGUGGAAAUGCA